AACACGCGGAAACUGUGUUUACGUUAGCAGCAGUUGUUCGUGCUUGAGCUGCGAUUCGAGCAGUUUUUCUUGGUUUUAAGCGUCAUUAACAAAUAAACAGGAAGUGUUGUGUGUUUAUUGUCGCCGGUCAGGAUGGGGAAAGCGGAUUUUCUCUCUCCUAAGGCGAUAGCCAACCGGAUUAAAUCCAAAGGGCUCCAGAAGUUGAGAUGGUAUUGUCAGAUGUGUCAGAAACAGUGUCGAGACGAGAAUGGCUUCAAAUGUCACUGCAUGUCUGAGUCCCACCAGAGGCAGCUGCUGCUCGCCUCCGAGGACCCCAACAAGUUCAUGGACUAUUUCUCUGAUGAGUUCAAAAGCGACUUCCUGGAGCUGCUCAGGAGACGUUUUGGGACCAAGAGAGUUCACAACAACAUCGUCUACAAUGAAUACAUCAGCGACAGAGAGCACGUCCACAUGAACUCCACACAGUGGGAGACUCUGACUGACUUCACCAAGUGGCUGGGCAGAGAAGGUUUAUGCAAGGUGGACGAGACCCCUAAAGGCUGGUACGUCCAGUACAUCGACCCCGAGAGUAUCCGCCGCCAAGAGGAGCUGGCGAAGAAGAAGAAGCAUGAAAUGGACGACGAAGAGAGGAGCGCCAAGUUCAUCGAGGAGCAGGUCCGCAGAGGCCGCGACAGCAAAGAGCCGGACGAAACUCCAGUUUACACAGAGCUGAAACGUGAGAGUGAAGAAGAAAAAGUUGCUUUCAACCUGGGCGCCUCCUGCUCAAUCGCUGGCCCCUCCAAAUCCAGCUCCGUCCUGGGUGCUAGCGCCCUCAAAGCAGCAGCAGCAGCAUCGUCCUCAACCAAGAGGAAAGACACUAGCUCAGACACCAGGGGGGAGAAGAAGAAGAAGUCUGCUCUGGAGGAGAUCAUAGAGAUGGAGGAGAAGAAGAAGAAGCAGUCGGUCAGAACAGAUUACUGGCUGCAGCCCAACAUCGUGGUCAAAGUCAUCACCAAGAGACUGGGAGAGAGGUACCACAAGAAGAAGGCCGUUGUCACGGAGGUGCGAGACAAAUAUGGAGCCGUGGUGAAGAUGAUCGACUCCGGAGACAAACUUAAACUGGACCAGAAUCACGUAGAGACGGUCAUACCUGCACCAGGUAAACGUGUUUUGAUCCUGAACGGUCCGUACAGAGACACGGAGGCUCUGCUGGAGGGAAUAGACGAGAAGAACUUCAGCGCUACGCUCACACUCGACUCUGGUCCACAGAAGGGGAAGCGAGUGGACGUCGCCUAUGAGGAUUUCUCAAAGAUGGCCUGAACCAACAACCCUCCUGUUCUAACCUCAGGGACUCUACUGUGUCAGAGUUAUUCAUCUGUAAAUAAACCACACACCUCACAGUGCACCCCCAGUGAACCAUCACAAAGACACACAGCGAUGUCAUCAAUGUUUUUUAUUUUGUGUUAAUAUUCAAGGUUGUCUUUAAACUUUCAGAUGUAAAUUUUGUCCAAAUAAACUCAACAAAAAGUGA